AUGUAUAAAAUGGAAUAUUCUUACCUCAAUUCCUCUGCCUACGAGUCCUGUAUGGCUGGGAUGGACACCUCGAGCCUGGCUUCAGCCUAUGCUGACUUCAGUUCCUGCAGCCAGGCCAGUGGCUUCCAGUAUAACCCGAUAAGGACCACUUUUGGGGCCACGUCCGGCUGCCCGUCCCUCACGCCGGGAUCCUGCAGCCUCGGCACCCUCAGGGACCACCAGAGCAGUCCGUACGCCGCAGUUCCUUACAAGCUCUUCACCGACCACGGCGGCCUCAACGAGAAGCGCAAGCAGCGGCGCAUCCGCACCACUUUCACUAGUGCGCAGCUCAAGGAGCUGGAGAGGGUCUUCGCAGAGACGCACUACCCUGACAUCUACACCCGGGAGGAGCUGGCCCUGAAGAUCGACCUCACCGAAGCGCGAGUCCAGGUGUGGUUCCAGAACCGCCGCGCCAAGUUCCGCAAGCAGGAGCGCGCGGCAGCGGCCGCCGCGGCCGCGGCCAAGAACGGCUCUUCGGGGAAGAAGUCCGACUCGUCCCGGGACGACGAGAGCAAAGAGGCCAAGAGCACCGACCCGGACAGCACGGGGGGCCCCGGCCCCAACCCCAACCCCACUCCCAGCUGCGGGGCGAGCGGCGGCGGCGGCGGCGGGCCCAGCCCGGCAGGAGCCCCGGGGGCGGCGGGGCCCGGGGGCCCGGGAGGCGAACCCGGCAAGGGCGGCGCGGCGGCGGCGGCGGCCGCCGCCGCGCCCUUUUACCGAACUUUUUGGCACUGCUUUGGAUUCGAGUCAAUUGCAGUCCACGCAACUGGCUGCGGAGAAAUCAACCGAGCGGAGAAAGGCGUCCGCACAAGGUUGCAGAAGCGUCUCGAAUUUGCAUUUUGGCUCAUCAAGGCAUCCUUUUUCCUGGCAACUCUGGGACCACAUGUGACUUCACAAAAACUGCAUGAGCUGAUGCCAGAUGGCCGCCUCUAA